AAACAUGUUACAUUCACAAUAAGGUGAUUGCACAUCACCGGAGGGUGCUGAGCUGAAAUAUGUCCCCAAAAGCUCCCAUAUUUUAUCAUUUUGAUUGGUUACUGUGAUUGAGUUGUGUCUGGAAAUGGGAUUGCACGAUGGAAUUUGUAAAACUGGGAUUGAAUUGGAUGAAGUAAAACUCCACUUUGGGUAGGAGUUGCAUCGCACACAACUUGUUUGAUAAAAGACCCCCCUGACUUCUCCUACACUAACACUCUACCCUGCUAACCAAAACAUAAUUACGUUGAGUAAUGGUAGAAGUCACUCAUGUUUUUCUCUAGUGUCACUCUAAGAAUGAUGUGGCCUCUAAAAUCACAAUUGGGCUUGUGAUUGAUCAUUAUUGAAUUUUGAUCUAAUGGUAAUUUUAAAAGUCACCUUAUUCAUAAAGUGAUAUAAGAGGGAUACAAGAGCGACUUCUAGAAUUACGUAACUACAUUACCAUACAAGUGGCUUAUACUCAACUACUAAAACUAGUUGCAACAUCCCAAUAACCUUCUUCUUCUCUUGCUCUUAUUUUUGAGACUUUGGAUUGGGUUGGACUCUCUCACAUUUUUUUUAAAGUUUAUGGUAGCCUCUCAAUGAAUUCUAGGUCUCCCAAAAUUUUAACAUAUUUCAUAUAAACGAGGAUAUAAUUUGUUCAAUUUGACCCCCUCCAUUAUAAGUUUCUGAAUUUUUUUUCUUAACGUUUUUUAAUUAGCAUAAUGUACUUGGUGUCUCUCAAUAGGGAAAGCCCUCACCAUCGUUGAUAAUUGAAGCAGCUAUGAACUCAACCUGUUACCGGGGAAAGGAUGAGAUAGUGUGGCACAUAUGAUUUGUUGAGUUAACUGAUAUGUCAGUUUGUAAAAUUACUUUUCCAACUUUUUUAUUUUAUUUUAUUUUUUUUAUAAGUAAUUGGCCCUAAGGGGAGUGGGCAUGAGAGAUUUGAACUGAUAACUUCUGCAACAUGAGGCAAGAUCCCUAGCUAGCCGAUUGAGAUACCUCUUAGAAUUUUUUAUUUAUUUAACAUUUUUAUUUUUCAUGCAAAGGCUUUCACAAAAUCAACUUACCAAAAAGCUUUUUUUAAUAUGUGAUAGUCAAUCAACCAGUAAAUUUUGUGUCCUAAUUACAUUUGAGUUGGGAUAGUGUGAUACGCGUGAGCUCAUGAUAUAAUAUCAUUAGGAGUAAAUGUUUUAGAAUUCAAUGUCGAAAGGAUCUAUGAUAAAAAUAACCUCCCUAUAAUAUCAUAUCUAUAACAUUCCAAUCUUAUAUUGGGAAGAUAAAUAGCUCACAUAAAUUUGUUAAAUUAGAAAGGCACUCAUGGGGUUCUAAGUUAUAGUUUCUUACCAAGUGAAACUAGGUUCUAUAAAUGAUUAUAUGAAGCUUCAAAUUGACUAGUGUUUUUAGAGUGAUGGUGUAAAUGUGGCUAGCUUUCUCUGGAUUAUUACAAAUAGUAUGAGAGCAACCGAAUAAUGCCAUGUGGUACUAACCACUGCAUGACAUGGCUCUGAUAAGAACAUUAAGGAUUUAAGGUGAGAGAUUAUAAUAACCGAGUCUCACAUUGAGAAGAUGAAUAACCCACAUAAAGUGGGUGGAUUAUAAAGACACUCAUGGUUCUAAGUCAUUCAUUGGUUCUUACUAGAUAAAACUAGGAUUUGUAAGUGAUUAUAAGAAGCUUUAAAUUAACUAGUCAUUUUGGAGUAAUAGUGUAGAUAUGGCUAGCGAUUUUUCUAGGUUGUCACAAUAUCAACAACGAAUUUCUUGCUAUUAGAGCUAUUGUCAUUGUGGCAGUCUUUGAAACCUAAGAGUUUCUUGGAAAAGUGGUCUUAAUCGGUAUGUGUUGCCUAUUAAAUAUUGUAAUUUGUAUCUCAUAAGUUGUAUAGUAUUGUAACUUGUGUGCUUGAUUAUCUUGGCAGUUGCAUUUGUGUUGAGAAGUGUCUAAAGAAGGGUUGAAUGUGGUAGUAAUAAGAAUGGGAGUUGUUGGAAUAUUGGCAAUAUAAUGUGGGAAACGAUCGAGUCUAAAAUUAAACUAUUUUGUAUUGUUUUCUCCUUGUAAUUAGUAAGAAUAGAAUAGUGGUUGAGCAUGGCUCCGUAUUUUGCUCUUGAUAUGUCUAUGAAAUUAUAUUUCUCUUUUUCCACAGCAUCACUUGAAUCAUGGGAAAUGGGAAACUACCCAUCCAAUAUUUUUAUUACUAGUGACUCUUGUCUUUGUCAUUAGGAAAUUUAAGGAAGGCAACUUGAUAGAUGGGAGAACCAGUAAGUGCGGAAAUUCAACAAAUAGCAAAUGCUUCAAUAAAAGAUGAAUAUCAACGUGCAAAUUUAGUAAAUGACAUCACAAAAGAGGUAGAAAGCUUGAAGCCUCUCUCAUCACCUGAAUGUUGUAUCUAUAAGGUUCCAGAUCCCCUUCGCAAGUUAAAUGAAGAAGCCUACACUCCUCAGGUUAUUUCAAUAGGGCCUUUUCACCAUGGCAAUCAAAAAUUGCAAAUCAUGGAAAAGUACAAAGUACGAUAUCUCAAGGAAUUCAUGGAACGGGUCAAGAUAAACUUGGAGAAUUUAGUAUGCACUAUAGAGGAUUCUGAAGAAAGUGUCCGUCAAUGUUAUGCAGAGGUUAUUCCACUUAGCAGGUAUGAUUUUUUGAAAAUGAUCUUGAUGGAUGCAAGCUUCAUUGUUGAGCUUUUCGUCAGAAAUUGGCGGGGAGGAUCAGCAUGGACACGUGAUGACAGGAAAGUAUUAAAGCCAUGGUUGGCUGCUAGGAUGGUGCUGGACUUUAUGUUACUUGAAAAUCAACUUCCUUUUUUUAUUAUUGAGAAAUUAUUUGAGCUUGCAUCUGCAUCUCGCCGAGACUUACCUUCCUUCACUGAGCUUACCUUUCGCUACUUUGAAUUUUACAACAUUCAAAAUUUUUCUCCCAAUCUUGAGCCGAAAAUAAUGCACUUUGUUGAUUUGCUUAGAAAAUUUUACCUACCUCAUCCCCAAAGUCUACCAAGAAGAAAAUCUCAAAUAGUUGAGCAUAUGUACGGUGCAACCCAAUUGAGUGAGGUAGGAUUGAAGUUCGAGGUGAAUCGCUCAAGCAAAUGCUUACUUGACCUACACUAUGAGAAGGGAGUGUUGAAAAUCCCUCGCUUUACGUUGGACAAUUGCACAGAGCUUUAUGCUCGAAACCUAAUGGCUUUCGAGCAAUGUCACUAUCCAAAUGACUCAUAUGUUACUGAUUAUUUUCUCAUGUUACAUUUUCUUAUCCAGAGUGAAAAAGAUGUGGGGUUACUUGGUCGAAAGGGGAUCAUGGUUAAUGGCCUAGGUAACAAUGAUGCAACUUUCAUCAACAGUCUAGGAACAAGUAUUGUAUAUUCAACCAUGAGCUCCAAUUAUUAUGAUAUUUGUAACAAGUUGAAAGAAUUCUACGAGGACCCUUCACAUGGUUGGUUGGCUUCCUUGAGACGGGAUUAUCUUCGCACUCCUUGGUUGGUCGCUUCUACCACAGCUGCUGUUACCUUGUUGAUUCUCACUUUCGUACAAGCUGUUUGCUCUAUCCUCCAAGUAAAGUAGGAGGAGGAGGAAGAGGGCCUACAGCAAGUCCAGGAGUUGGGAACUAAAACAGAUUCAGGAGUUGUUUAGCCGAGCGACAGAUAAUUGAUGGAACUUGACGAAACCAGAUCGAAGAAGAGUAUAACUGAAGCUUGCUGGACCGCAGGUUGUAAUAUAUAUAUUUUGUUUUCUUUUUGAAAUAUUGUUAUUAACGAAACCAUAUCGGAGAAGUCAAAACCAUUUCUUUUGAGAACCCAAAAUGGGAAAGCAACAAACUUACGGAAAUCUUCAUAUUUGCUGCCUCUGUGCUCUCUGGUCACUUGGGCGAUGUUAUUUUUGCUUUCGCCAAACAGCUCCCGGUGCUGGACAUCACCGCGGGGAAGCCUCGGCUGUGGUGCUCGCCGUUGAAGCAGUAGCCUCCUCCUCCUCUCUGAAGAUAUUGUUUCAUGGUUGUUAUGGACCGUUAAUUAUUUUUAAAGA